UGUCCCAUGUGUGCGCUCCUCCAGUGCCUCUCUCCCCGUCCGUCUGCCUGCUUCCCCCGGCCUGCACUGCCAUGGAGAACGCCCCGCUCCUCCUGCUGCUCCUCGGCUCACACCUGGCGUCAGCCGGCAUGGACUCCUGCUAUGACGAGCAGGGCUCCCUCAGCCGCUGCAUGCCGAAGUUUGAGAACGCCGCCUUCAACAGGACCGUGACGGCCUCGAACGCGUGCGGUCUCCCUGCGGAGGACUACUGCAUGCAAGCCGGCCCGAUGCGGUCGUGCCACCGCUGCGACGCCGCGGACCCCGAGAGACACCACAACGUCUCCAGCCUGACCGACUUCCACAGCGACGAGGAGCCCACCUGGUGGCAGAGCCAGUCCAUGUUUUACGGAGUACAGCACCCCGCGUCUGUCAACCUCACCCUGCACUUGGGGAAAGCGUUCGAGAUCACAUACGUCCGGCUGAAGUUCCACACCAGCCGCCCUGAGAGCUUUGCCAUCUAUAAGCGCUUGAAAGAUGGAGGGCCCUGGCUACCUUACCAGUACUAUAGUGCCUCCUGCAAAAAGACUUAUGGGAAAGAUGGCAAGGGAUACAUCCGUCCCGGAGAUGAUGAAAGAACAGCCCUCUGCACAGACGAAUUCAGCGAUAUCUCACCCCUGACAGGCGGAAACGUGGCAUUCUCCACACUUGAGGGACGUCCGAGUGCCUACAACUUUGACCAGAGCCCAGUGCUCCAGGAGUGGGUGACAGCUACAGACCUGCUCAUCUCGUUAGACAGACUGAACACCUUUGGAGAUGAGUUCUUCAAGGACACCAAGGUCCUCCGCUCCUACUACUACGCCAUCUCAGAUUUUUCUGUGGGAGCCAGGUGCAAAUGCAAUGGCCAUGCGAGUGAGUGUGUGACUGGGGACGAUGGGUUGCUGGUCUGCGCCUGCCAGCACCACACUGAUGGAGCAGACUGCCAGAUAUGUCAGCCCUUUUACCAGGACAGGCCCUGGGCAAGAGCCACUGCUGACUCAGCCAACGAGUGCCGAGUGUGUAACUGCAGUGGCCGGACAGAGGAGUGUGUGUUUGACUCAGAGCAGUACCGCAGCACAGGCAGCGGGGGGCGCUGUGUGAACUGCAGGGAUAACACAGACGGUCCGCACUGCGAACGUUGCAAGACCAACUUCUAUCGCGCUUCCCCAGAGGACCCAUGCCUACCCUGCAACUGCAGCGUCCUGGGGUCCUCAAGCCUCCAGUGCGGGAAUGAUGGAGUGUGUCACUGCAGACAGAGUGUAACCGGGGAGAAAUGUGACAAGUGCCAGCCUGGAUUCCACUCACUGGGGCCCGCCGGCUGCAGGCCGUGUGAGUGUCACCCUGCCGGCUCUGUGGGUGUCUGCUCCCCUCUGGACGGACGGUGUCCCUGCAAGGAGAACGUUGAGGGACACGCUUGUGACAGGUGCAAGCCGGGCUCGUUCAACCUGGCGUCUGAGCUCCCCGCCGGCUGCGGGAGCUGCUUCUGCUUCGGCCACUCUGUGGCCUGCACGUCCUCCCCCCGCCACUCCGCAAUCAGCCUCACCUCUGACUUCCUGGAAGACCCAGAUGGCUGGACUGGGGAGUUCUCCGGCAUGCUGGAGUCCCCAUUGAUCUGGAAAGAGGGGGAGGUGUACCUGCUGCCCUACAGUGAGGAGGACAUUGGCUUCUAUAAAGCCCCAGAGAGGUUUUUGGGGAACCAGCUGCUGAGCUAUGACCAGCUGCUCGCAAUCACCUUCGUGGCAGAGAGCCCGGAGCUCCUUCCACAGCGCCUGACUGUGAUCCUGGAGGGAUCGAAUGUCUCUGUCUCCGCUGACCUUUCCCCGGAGCCCAGCCCUGAUCCUGUCCCAGCUCCCCAGCACACCUUCUCUCUCAGGCUGAAUGAGAGAGUAGGGGGACUGAGGCCAUCUUUGUCUGCGCUGGAGUUCCGGCGACUUCUCUUCAAUCUCACUGCUCUGAAAAUCAGCAAUGCUGGAGGACACAACUACACCUCGCAGCUGUCGAGAGUCACUCUGCGCUCCGCCGGGCCCUCCAGCGGCUCGGGGGCCCCCGCGCCCUGGGUGGAGGAGUGUGCCUGUCCCCCGGGCCACGCGGGGCAGUUCUGCCAGCACUGCGCCCACGGGUACAAGAGGGAGGUGUCCGACGGCGGCCCCUUUGUCCGCUGCGUGCCCUGCGCCUGCAACCGACACGGAGACUGCCACCCCGAGACAGGUGUGUGUCAGUGCACAGACUUCACCACGGGACCUGCCUGCGAGCUCUGCAUGGAUGGUUACUAUGGAAAUGCUUUGACAGGCAGCUCGGGCAACUGCCAGCCCUGUCCCUGCCCAGAACAGACCAGCUGUGCCCAGGUUCCAGAGUCUGGGGAGGUGGUCUGUACCAACUGUCCUCCUGGUCGAAGGGGUACGCGGUGCGAAAUGUGUGACGAUGGUUUCUAUGGCGAUCCCUUGGGGAAAUCUGGUGGCGCGAGGCCCUGCACUCCCUGCAAUUGUCACGGCAACGUCGACCCCAAUGCAGUGGGCGUGUGCGACCACUUGACAGGCCACUGCAUUAAGUGCCUGCACCACACAGAGGGCGACCACUGCCAGCACUGCCAACAGGGUUACUAUGGAAACGCACUGGACCAGAACGCCAACAAGUGUGAACCUUGCAGAUGUAACCUGGCAGGUGUCGCUGGGUCGUUGGAGGACUGUCAUCCUCAAACAGGCCAGUGCCUGUGCCUGAGCCAUGUGACCGGCCGGGACUGCGGCCACUGCGUGACUGGCUACUUCAAUCUGAGGCCCGGCCUGGGUUGUGAGAGAUGUAACUGCGAUCCCAUUGGCUCUUCCUCCCACGCCUGCCACCCAAUCACGGGGCAGUGUGUGUGUCGCCCAGGAGUGGAGGGGCUGUCGUGUGACUCCUGUAGGAAAGGUUUCUUCGGCUUCUCUUCCCGGGGAUGCAGCGCCUGUGACUGUGACCCCAUGGGCUCCGUCACCAUGCAGUGCCACGGCACGGGGACGUGCUCCUGCCGAGAGGGGUUUGUGGGGGGCAAGUGUGACAGAUGUGAACUGAACUACUUCCACAACAGAGCCUCGCACCAGUGUGAAGAAUGUCCUGUGUGCUACAGCCUAGUGAGGGAUCAGGCGGAAACACUCCGGCUCCGGCUGCGCGGUCUGGAGACACUGCUGGCUCACCACAGCUGCGGGGGCUGGCAGAGGGCACAGCACCAGCCCCUGCGGGAUGAGGACAUCCUGCCCAACGCGCUGGAGGACUUCCUGGCCAUCCAAGAGGCCCGGGAGGCCUUCCUCAGCCAGUUUAUGCAGCUGGAGACGUCUGCGCAGACUCUGGCAGCCCGACUGCGCAGCAUCACCGUGGCGAUGAACUGCAGCAGCGGGGAGGAGGGGGGGGAGGGGAACGCGGGGGCCUGCAGGGCCCUGACCCGCCCUGCAGCCUCGGUCAGCACCGCCCAGGCAGAGCUGAGGAAGGCUGUUCACACACUGGGGAGCAUGGUAAUACCCUUUGAUGUUCCGGCGGAACCAAACCAGUGGAAUAUGCUGGUGAAUGAGUCCCAGGCCCUGGGGAAAAGUCACAUAGAAGCAGCUAGUCGCAUUGAAUCAAUAGCUAAGAAGGCUUUGAUGGCAUCAAACCAGACCUCCGUGCUUCUGAUGGCCCUUCUAGAGGAUAAUUCCACAGAGGCACACAUUAGGAGCCUAACAGAGCAGCUGGUGGAAAUGCGUCAGGCUAAACAGAACCUGACAGCACAGGCAAAUGAGACUCUGUCAGAGGCCACGGCCCUGCACACAUCCGUUCAGCGAGAUCCUGCCCAGAUUGCCGGUGCCCUGGUGAAUUUCAGCUCCUCUCCACAGCAACAGACAAAUGAUUCCCAACUCGGCCUGGUCCAGGAACAAACGCAGGACCUGAUAAACAGAACUGGAGAGUUAAACCUGCAGGUUCGGUCCAAAGAGGAGCUGGUCAUUAAGCUCGGAGAAGAGCUGGCACCUCACUUCGAGAGCAUGCACAAGCACGCGGAAACUAUCCAACAGUUUGAGCAGCUGUCAGUUCGGAUCCUGGAGACCAAGGCUGCCGCUCUUUCUUCUGUGGUGAAGGGGAAGGAGGUCGAGUCCGAAACCUCAGCCCUGAUGAAAGAACUUGAAGACAUGAGGAAAGAGUGGCCUGCUAAGCGUUCUCAGACAAAAUCUGCUGUCAAAAAGGAAAAAAUGGUGGAAGAGAAGAUUCUGGGAGAUGCCAGGAAAAAGGCAAAGCAGGCAGAGAAGAUUGUAAAACAUGCACUAGACAACUCCACCCUGUCCAACAGCACAGCCUCACAGGCAAAGAACAUCUCAGAUACUGCCUCCAAAGAAGCAAAGGAUACCUGCUCCCAGGCAAAAUCAGCCAAGAAAGCAUCUGCACAGCUCAGCUCCUCAUUGGACACAACCAUGCAGCAGCUGGAACACCAGGAGAGCAGAACUGCACAGAUGCUGAUGGAUGGCACUAAUGAGACUGAGGAUACAGUGGGUGGCAUGAGAGAGAACAUUGAAGCUGCAAAACUCAAGCUGGAGUCCUAUUCCAUGACACUGACAGAACUACUUAGUAAAAUCGAAGGCGAGGUGGCCAUUGAGAAGUUUGACAGAAUCCUGAGAGAGACAGAGACCUGGCUUGGCUUCCUGAGACGCAGUGUGGAGGGCCCGGCUCUGAGUGGGAAGAUGGAGGCUCUCCACCAUGCGGCUGCAGACCAGGAGGCCCAGAUCCUCCAGGUGGACCGAGACAUCGAGGAGAUAAAGGAGGAGAGGCGCAGCCUGCAGGAUAUUGCGAUCCACUUGCCCCAGGGCUGCGCGGAGGUGUCCCAGGUCUGAGAACUGCACAAAAGGUUGCCGGUAACACGGCUGUGGUCAGAGAGCAGGUUGUGGAGUGCUCUGGAUUGGAUGACCUCUGACCUCUGGGAGAUUGCGAUGAAAGACAGUGGGAGCAGAUAACCCCUCCCUGAUGUUUGUAAACACAUUAUAGAUCCCUUGCAUUACUUCUAUACAGGGACUGAUUCCAGUUAGUGACAUCACUGUCUCAUGUGGCACUGCCUUAUCGCCUCUCCAGUUUUCGGCAUAGACGCAUUGAGAGAAAGCUUUAUGGGAGACUGUUUCUAUGGAUUCUCUUUAUUGUAUUCUUUUUCAUGGUUUUGCAUUGUUGUUUGAUUCAUUCAUAAACAACUAGAACACUUCUAUAAAACCUCCAGAAAAGACUCCAGCAUAUUUAAUCAAGUUAAAAAUAAUGUUGAUUUAGGAAGGAGAUUAGUGGAGUUCUGCCUCAUCUGUUAGAUUAAUUUAGAAGUGAGCCGUUUCUAAUCAGUGCCGUUAAAUUAAAAAUGAGGCCUUUACCCUUCAUAAUACUCCCUACCUAGAAAAAGUGAUUCAGUUUGAAUUCCAAUUUUGAAGUCUUUUAUUCAAUUAUCUGGUACGUAAAGGGAAAGCAAUGCAUUCUGGCUCCAACCAAAGUGUCAGAGAAGUUUAAUAGAAGGAAUAUCUGCUGAAUAAUGGAAUUGCUUCGAUUUCUGCAUUCCGUCAUAUGAAAGGGAAGCCCUCAAGUGACCUUGUUCAAUCUCACAUAGUAAUAGAAUUUUUUGGAUGAGCAUGAUUGAAUUAAUAUGAUCUGCUUUUUGAGGACUGCAUCAUAAAUGGUAAGUGAAGUGAAAAGGGGAGCAGUGGGGAGAUUGUAUAUUGAUGUUACCCCAAAGUAUGUCUGGGCCAUUGUUUUGUCUUUUCAUGCUGUUGGUCUUUUGGUUGGUCAGGGUUGUCCAUCGCCCCUAUUGUCCACAUGGUGGGGCUAUUACCUGCUGAGGAACUAAGUACUUAAACAUAACUAUGAAAUUAAAAAUACAUUCUCAAAUCUUAACCCUGAACACACUGUGUGGAAAGGAUAUUGACUGUGGAUAUUUGUAUUUUAUUUAGGAUAUAAGAAAGACACUAACAUUCAUAUGGGUACGGGUUCAUUUAACAUAAAAACAAAAAAUGUUUACACCAGGGUUCACAACUGAACAAAAAAUAUCCAGUGAUGAAAACAAGCGCACCAUAUUUACCAUUGUAUAAAUUGUGCAAUUUCCAUUGAUUUCUUUUGUGUAAUAAUCCUACUGAAUAUGUUUAAUUCAUGUCAGGAUGAAUAAAACUGUUUUUUAUGUA